UUAAAAUGUAAACAACACCUCCAUUCUCAUAAAAUCAUUCUAAUCCUCUUUUAAUGAAAGAUGAUGUUGGCAAACCUAAACCUUCAACAUACAAUUUACCUAAUUAAGAUUUUAUUUAUGGAUAACCUUUGGCUAGAGAUAAGGAAGGAGCUAAAGAAGGUAUUUAUUCAUCUAUAAUCAGUAACUAUGACAUGGAAAUUCCAUUAAGAAUCAAAAGAUAGAGUACCUAAUCGAGAUUUUGCUGAAUUAAACAAAUAGUCUAUUCAUAAUGGAUCUGUCAAAGCACAUGUAACUGUUUUAUAUAUUCAGGAUAUGUACAAAUUUAGAUAGACAAAUGAUGCAAGAUUGAAACUUAAAAAGGGUACAAACAUACAAGCUAUAGAAUUACCAGAAGAAGAAUUUAGAUAUGGUCGUAAAAACAGGUUUUAUUAAAUGUAUUUAUAUUAGACCAUCAACACCUAUGAAGUUGAUUAUGGGUAAUUCUUAUGGAAUUGAAGCUGAAUCUGUUAUCUUAGAUAAAUAUUAAGGUAGAGCAAGCUCUUAAGUAUGUAUUUUAUAUUAUAUAAAAAGGAUUCUAAACUCUCUUCAUCUUUGGUAAAAGGUAACAAAGCUUCUUAAUUGUUUUAUGAUACAAAUCAUAAAAAAUUAGCAGCUAUUCAAGGUGUUGAGAAAAAAGAACCUUUCAAAAUGGAAAAAUUUAAGACAGUAAAUCCAAAAAUCAAUACCAAUUUAUCAACUAAAAAAUGA